UUUAGAUAACCCGCCCAAAAAAAGUAGAAAAAGUAGACUUAAAGCCCGUGUUGAGGCACUGCGAAAUAGUUUGAAAGGUGAAUCCAGUAGUGACGAAGAAUCGCUAAAGUCUUCAAAUUCGUCUUCAAUGAUUCGGUUUAGAAGUGACGAUUCAUUAAUGCGAUCAAGAGACAGCUCAGCAAAAUCUAGAAGUGCAAGAAACGAACGUUAUAUUAAAAGAUUAUCAAGAGAUGAAGAAAAUCAACUUAAUAAGGAAGCUGAACUACUUCAACAGGGUUAUUCAAAAGCUGAAGUUGAAAUGUUAACUCGUACGCCCACAAGUCAGAGCAGUGGCUACGGAACAUGCAAACGUGAACCUGUCCACAACUUACAAACUGAUCACAACAUUAUUCCGAAUGACAUAAAACGAAGAUCAUUGAGAACGGAAUCAGUUUCAUCAUUCCCGUCUAAUCAAAGCUAUGCGUCAUCCAUCAAUUUUAAUGCAAAAGUUAACAACGAACGUAUCAACUACUCUAUCAAGUGUCCUAAUAAUAAUGUUCACCAUAGGGAUGUACUCCAUAAUAACAGAGAAAGAACCCCUUCCAGUCAAUAUGAGAAUCCCGAUAGCAUUAUGUGUGUUAAAUUUCCUCUAGGAAACGUAAAUAAUAUUAAACCAGAAGACAAAGCUCCACCUGUUCCACCUCCUCGUGAUAUGCAACGAAAAGUGGUUAACCCUAUAUCUAUGUAUUAUGAAAAUAAUUCGCACGGUGGCAACAGAACUAACUCUAACCAAAGUCUUUUACAUGGAGUACCCAAUAACGAUUUCGAAAGAAUAAUGCGUCGGAGCCAAGAACGCUCUGUUGUUCCAGGGUUAAAUGGACUCAGACGACCAUUAUCUAACUCAGAAGAUCAUAUAGCAAUGCAAAGCAAUUAUCACUUACAAAAUUAUAAUUAUCGAAAUGAACAACCACGAAGGCCUGCUUCAGUAUCAGCAGAACCUAAUCAUUAUGGUAUGUAUAUUAAUAGUCCUACGUGGAAAAAGAGAUUAGAGCCAAGUGUGACAAAAAAGCCUGAUCCAACUCUUAAACAAGACUAUUUAUAUUACGCAGAUCAAAGUCCCAGAUCUAGACGACCCAUUAACAUACAAAAUGGUAUUGAACAUCAAUAUUUAAGUGAUUCUCAAACAACAUCCAAUAUGACGGAUCAAGUAUUAUAUAGAAGGCCUCGAAAUGCAUCAGAUUUUUGGAAAAAAAUCGAUGACGCGGAAAAACAACGAAAACAACAAAUGUACUCCAAUUUGAGAGCUAAGAGCGAAUAUUCAAGUUCGGCGCAUAUUAAUAAAGCUUUAUUAGAUCAAAACAAGACAAAAGACAAUCUUAGUAGUAAAAAUGAUGGAAAAGCAAUAAUUUCAAAUGUUAUUGCACCAUCAGACUCUAAGGUAUGGCAAGCAACUACAGAAUAUAAACGCUCUGUAACGGUAGAACCUCCAAAAUCUUCCACUUCGCCAAAAACACACACACGACACAAAUCCGAUACAUUUAUACAAAAUAGUUAUCAAGUUCCGUCAGACGAAGACGGAUCAGAACGAAGGAAAUCUACAAACCUUGACGAUGCUCUUAAUGAAUUGGAAGCAAUUUAUAAUAGUCUUGGAUUAGGAGAUGAAGAUUUAUUAGACAGAGCUGAGAGAAGAGAAUUAAUGACUCCAAAAACGAAUGAUUGUUGUAACGAUUGGAACGGUAAUGAUGACGAUAUUCAACUUCGGAGUCAACCUUCCACUCCUUUGAGAAGAAUAAGUCGAAGGUCUACAUUACCCGAUAAACUUCAAGAUGAUAUGGCUUUCCGACGCAUGAAUUCUUUAACAAACAAAGAAAAAUCUAAUUCUCAAGCGAGAGAUUCUCAAGCGCAAAUUAGCUACAUGUUGGCAUCACCUAUUCACAUAACCACCAUUCGGCAUUCCAGUUGGCCCCGUAUCCCCCCAGCUCCACAAAGCGACUAUUUACACGCAACACCAGAAAAUAGAGGGAGGUUUCGUUUCAUACCGAAGAAGUCACCAGAUAUUGUUGCUGAUGAUUUGGCUUAUCGUAGCUUACGCAAAGAUAACAGACAAUCUACUUUGUUUAACGGGAAUGAUUAUAAUGGUGUUGUGAACAAUAACUAUACAGAGUUUCCGUUUAAUAAGGAAUCAGGUAGCAACGUAAGAAAAAAACGUGCUGUUAGAUCAUUAUCUGCAAAUAUAUUUACAGUGAUGCAAAAGGAAAUUGACGAUGCAAUAAACAUGUCAAAGACUUCUAGAUUACAGAAAACAUACAGUAAUAGCGACGUGAUAAGGCGUCUCCGAGAAACCUUUGAAAACAACGACACGCAGCGUGAUUGUUAUCCACGUAAUAAGGUAAAACAAAGACAUAAUACUGUUAAUUUAUAUCCUAAUAAUUCGCACAUACCCAUUCACCACUUUGCAAAAGAUGAUUCAUUCGUUCACAGUGAAAAUAAAUAUCUUGCUAGAUCAUCAUCUUGUGAUAAGUCCACGACAUCCUCACCAUCAAAAAAAUCACCACAAACAUCAAAACGAUCAUCUAAAGAUGAAUUUCAACAAGUCCUUAGUAUGCUAGCUCAAGAAGCAAUGGAUACAAGCAACAAACUUGGUGUAGCAUUAGCAGAAUUAGACAAAAAUAGAAAUAAAAAUGAUUUAUCUAUUACACAAAAUAAGAUUUCUCAUAGUAGAGCCGAUUUCUUGAAUGCUAUAACAAAUUGUACCACAGAAGAAACUAAUCUAGAAUCUGGUAGAAGAGAAAUAAAUAUGAAAGAUGUAGGCAUCCCAAACGCUCUUACUACGAGUGAAGACACCGAUUCUAAAGCAAAGAAGACGGAAGAUAGCUUAAUAGAAAUAUCUAAUCAGUUACAUAAAGUUGAAAAUCAGCUUAAACAUAGUAAUGAAAAAGAGCGAAACUUUGACGAUCAAAGUAUAGGAUACUCUACGUACCUAUAUUAAUGAUUCUGAAAAAACAUUGGGUACUGAAACUACGCAUAUAGAAGACGCUAAAUCUAUACCAGGUGUUGUAUCUCAUUCAUUACAAAAUGACGCAGCUUUUGUCGAUGGUAUAAAAGAUUCUAAACCGGAACCUGAAUUA